AAGAUAGGUGUGAAUGGAUUUGGCUGUAUUGGAUGCCUGGUUACCAGGGCUGCCUUCUCCUCUGCAUCUGGCAAAGUGGACAUUGUUGCCAUCAACAACCUCUUCAUUGACCUCAACUACAUGGUCUACAUGCUCCAGUAUGACUCUACCCAUGGCAAGUUCAACGGCACAGUCAAGGCUGAGAAUGCGAAGCUUGUUAUCAACAGGAAGCCCAUCACCAUCUUCCAGGACCAAGAUCCUACUAACAUCAAAUGGGGUGAUGCUGGUACUGAGUAUGUCAUGGAGUCUACUAGUGUCUUCACCACCAUGGAGAAGGCUGGGACUCACUUGAAUGGUGGAACCAAAAGGGUCAUCAUCUCCAUCCCUUUGGCCGAUGCCCCCAUGUUUGUGAUGAGUAUGAACCAUGAGAAAUAUGACAACUCCCUCAAGAUUGUCAGCAAUGCAUCUUGCACCACCAACUGCUUAGCCCUCCUGGCCAAGGUCAUCUAUGGCAACUUUGACAUCAUGGAAGGGCUCAUGACCACAAUCCAUGCCAUCACUGCCACUCAGAAGAAUGUGGAUGGCCCCUCUGGAAAGCUGUGGCAUGAUGGCCAUGGGGCAAAACAGAACAUCAUCCCUGCAUCCACUGGUGCUGUCAAGGCUGUGGGCAAGGUCAUCCCAGAGCUGAACAGGAAGCUUACUGGCAUGGCCUUCCAUGUUCCUACCACCAAUGUAUCCAUUGUGGAUCUGAUAUGCCACCUCGAGAAACCUGCCAAGUGUGAUAAUAUCAAGAAGGUGGUGAAGCAGGCAUCUGAGGGCUCACUAAAGGGCAUCCUGGGCUACUCUGAGGACCAGGUUGUCUCCUGUGACUUCAACAGCAACUCCCACUCUUCCACCUUUGAUUCUUGGGCUGGCAUUGCUCUCAAUGACAACUUUGUAAAGCUCAUUUCCUGGUAUGACAAUGAAUAUGCCUACAGCAACAGGGUGGUGAAACUCAUGUCCUACAUGGCCUCUAAGGAGUAA